AUGACUGAAGCCAAACAAGAUUUAAUAGAAUUAUCAACAAAUCCUUUAGAUGAAUGGAUAAAUACACAUUAUGAUGAAUUGUGUGCAGGUAUGACGUGUAAAAAUGCUCUAUUCUGCAAACCAUCAGACAUGAAAGACAAGAAUUUUCAAAUGAGCAUUAAGGAUAAAUGUGAUAGGAAACAUAGAAGAAUAGAUGGUAAACAAACAUGGUGUUAUGUUUUGAAAGAAGAAAUGAAAGGAUUAUAUAAACAGGUUGAACCAAACGAUAAUGA